AUGGCAGGUGCUUCAGCUCCUCCCCCGCCUCCACCUCCUCCACCAGCAUUGAAUGGCGGUACAGCACCUAAACCAGCAAGCUCCGUCAUGCAAGGACGUGACGCCCUUUUAGGUGACAUCAGAAAGGGAAUGAAAUUAAAGAAAGCAGAAACUAAUGAUAGAAGUGCUCCCACUGUUGGAGGUGAAAUUGUUUCAUCAACUCCAGGUAGUUCUAGUGCCGCCAGCACUAAAGGACCAUCUAUGUCGGCCCCUCCGAUUCCUGGGAUGGGAGCUCCGCAGCUGGGCGAUAUCUUGGCUGGAGGAAUACCUAAACUAAAGCACGUCAAUAACAAUGCAAAUGUUAAUUCUGCUCCAUCAUUAAACUUACCAUUUCUUCCUGGCGCGACACCAUCUGCCACGGCACCUCCCAUUCCCAGUGCCCCACCAUCAGCGGCACCUCCCAUUCCUGGUAUUCCAUUUUCUGCGGCACCUCCCGUCCCUGACACACCGCCUUCUGUACCACCACCACUUCCAUCAUCAAGUUCAUCCAAUCCAAAAAUGCCACAGAAUAGACCACAUAUGCCGACAGUAAGGCCAGCAAACAGAAGUCAUCAGAGGAAAAGCUCCAACUUCUCACCUCCCAUUGAGGUGGCACCUCCUUUACCAUCAGGUGUUUUGCCAUUAUCUGCUAUUAACCCUUCACAAGCUCCGCAGGCGCCUCCUCCUCCCCCAGUUCCAGCAUUCAGCUCGGAUUCUAAGAAUUUUAAACCUACAGUUAGCACUCCUGCAAGAUCAUCUUCUGAAGUUCCGCCGGGCGGAUUACCUUUCUUGGCAGAGAUCAAUGCUAGGCGGUCUAUGCGAGGAAUAAUCGAUAAUACUUCAUCGACAGAAAGUCGAUUUGAAAACGAGAGCUCUACUUCUCGUCCGUCAAUUCCCUCAACUGCACCACCCAUUCCAACAUCGCAUGCCCCUCCAUUGCCGCCUAUUGCGCCGCCCCCACCAUUACUAUCAAACGUGGCCUCUGCAUCAUCUAAGAAAGCUGCAUCAGCUCCGGCCCCCCCACCUCCUCCACCCCCGCUACCCGACAUGACUUCUGCGUCGUCCCACAGCGUAGCAUCGGCCCCGGCUCCUCCGGCUUCCUCUACAUCACUAUCAAACUUGACGUUUGGGACUUUCAACAAAGCAGCCUCAUCGCCUGCUCCUCCUCCACCUGCACCACCUCCAACUUUUUCUUCAUCUUCUGGUUUACCAGCAUCAUCAGUUCCUUCACCACCACCUCCUCCUCCUCCUCCUCCUCCAAAUCUUCUGGCUAGCAGGCCCUCCAAGUCCAGCAAGCAUUCAAAAAAACCUGUUCACUCGUCCUCCUCUACAAUAACACCUGGAGGACCCUUACCCUUUCUUGCUGAGAUUCAAAAUAAGAGGGAUGACAGAUUCGUGGUUGGAGUUAAUAGUGGCUACACCACUAAGGAUAAGCAGGAAGACGUUAUAGGUUCAUCUAUAAAUAAGAAUGAUGUGAACCUUGCCGCUGCCGCUUCACCAGACCAGGGCGCUCAAAAAGGAAUGUCAUUUUUGGAUGAGAUCGAGUCUAAGUUGCAUAAACAGAAUGUUUAUAAUGCUUCUGACCCGCCAUCUGCCCCUCCUUUGCCUAGUGGCGCCCCACCUCCUCCUACAAUGCUACUUUCCGCUGCAACUGCAUCUACUGAUGAUAUUGGCCGCGAUGAAGAGAAAAGUACAACGCGUACAGAAACGACGAAGGCACCAGCACUACCUGGGCACGCUCCAUUUCCACGGGCGCCACCAAUUUUGCUGGACAGUGGCAAGAGCAGUGUUCCUGCCGCCCCCUUAUUACAUGACGUAUUUCCUUCUCAAGAUGCUGGAAAACCUGCCCCUCCCAUUGCGACUGCUCCACCACUACCAGCUCUCAAUGCACCAAGUCUCCCUCAACAGGCCGUCCCUCCAGCAAUAUCUUCGGCUCCUCCAGUAUCGUCUACACUUCCUGCCCGUACUGGGACUGGACCAAAUUCGGACUAUUCGUCAAAAUCGCCGCCACCACCACCAACUUUGCAAGCAAGCACAUCGGCCAAAGAUUCCGGUCCCCUUAAUAGUUCCAGCAAAAACCUUAAGCAGCGAUUGUUCUCUAAGGGAGAAUCAACGCUGCAGCAUAAGCACAAUACGCAUACAAAUCAACCAGAUGUCGAUGUUGGUCAAUACACCAUAAACGGAUCUAGUUUUACUCACGGGGCAAAACCUGGAAAUGAAAAGAUAGUUAUAGACGAUUCAAGAUUUAAAUGGACUAACGUUACACAAAUGCCCAAGCCACGUCCGUUUCAAAACAAAACAAAAUUAUACCCAAGUGGUAAAGGUAGUAGUGUGCCAUUAGACCUAACAUUAUUUAUAUGA